ACAAACACCAAGUAUCAAAGUGGCUCAGGCUUUAGCACCUUAUUGUCCUCUCCUGUGAGUGGACAUCUGGGUUACAGUGAGCACAGUCUGCCUUAGAUGUUCUAAAUUAUAUAGACAAAACUUAAUUUGAUUCACUUUACAGCAGGUAUCUGUUGUCUACACAUCUUUACAUAUUUAUUAGUGCCAAGUCCCCAGUCAAACUGUUCUGUAUUUCUACUCUGUAUGGCACAGAAUGUAAUGCCAGGGUUAUACAAAUAUGCAGUAAUAUGUAUAAAUGAGUACUAAUACCAUCUCUCUCAGGUUAAAGAGAGAAAGAAGUCUGCCUAGAAAAGAGAGAAGGUAAAGCUGAAGUGCAUCUCUUGCUCAGCAAGUCACAGGACAUCAGUCGUUGCAUACUGUCACCAGAUAGUGUACUGGCUGGGAUGAUGUCCUAGUUGGUACUACCUCUCCUACACAUAAUGGAAGAGCCACAGAAGGGCCCACAAUAUCCAGAGCCACUCUUCCCCUCAGUUCGGAUUCAAAGCAAGACCUGUGUUUUCUGUCAUAGGCUUAGGUAUCUUAGAUAUCAUGUCAUGCUAUGCUGCUUUUGUUUUUCAUUAUUUUCUGCUGCUUACUCUUCAGUUGCAUUCCUUUCUUCUUUUAUUAAGCUGAAUCACAAGCUUCCCAAGAGGCAGACACUUAUAGCCCACCUGUGCAGUGGGACUGAUGUGCCUUCUGCUUUGUGCCAGAGUCCCUUUUAGGCCACAGUGUAUGCAUGUUGUCUAGAAGCCACUAUGGAAAAACCCCUGUGUUUCAUGGGCCAUGAAACAGCCUCCUUUUAACUUGCAGCACAUGACAUGAAGAGGAUUGCCCAACAGGAUUUUGGCCAACAUCUGUGAGAGCUGCACAUGAUUUUGUCAACUGGAGAAUUUCCUAGGAUCAGCUUGCAGCUGAAGUGCCUAGAGGAGGACAGCCACGUCGGUGGGAGGGAGAGAAAGGAGGCUUGGGGCUGUGCUCAGGUGACUGACACAGUGGCAGAUGAGGGACAAGCAUCAGUGUGGAUGCUGCCUUGAGCUAGGGGAAUUUUGUAUAAUUACCUCACUAUCCCACAAAGAAAGGCAAUUUCAGUGUGAUAAACAUAUUCCUUAGCUGUCUGUACAACAGCAAUACUUGCACAAAAACAAGGCUGAAUUUCUGAGAUGCACAAAGUCCCUGCAUGUACGACUGCAAUGUUAGGCAGUGCACCUGCUCCUCCUGAAGGAUUUUGUCCUUGCCAGGUACUCACAGCCGAUCUCAGCCCUGCCACUCUGCAUUCCCCUGGCCAUACCGUCUGUUGUUGGAGCAGUUUCAAAACAUCACAAGCCAGGUUUAUGCAGGGACAACUUUCUCACCAUGGCCUCCUGAAGCAGGAACAUGGCAAAUAAGAAUAAGAGAAGAGGGGUCAAAAACUGCAGGAACUGGUUGGAUGCUGAUUGAGGCACAAGGUGUGGUACCAGAAGAGCCUCUUUAGGAGGGAAGUAGGACUUCAGGGAAAUAGCAUGUUCACAAAAGAGAAAUUCUGCUUAUGGAAUUGAAGAAACUGCUUGCUCCCAUCAUCUCACCCCGAACUUGGGAAGAUUGCUCCUCAGCCUGGGCUUGUCUGGCUCAGGGAAGGAAGAAGAUUGCAGAAAGAGGGUAAGGAAGAAGGACAUAUGUCGCUCCCAGAAAAGGUGAUGUUUGAGUUGCUGAAGUGGAAGAAGUAAGAAAAGCUUGAGGGAAGCAGGAGUGAAGCACUGACUGUUACCAGACAGGACCUCUGUAACACUGGUAUUUUCCAGGUAUGGUGCUGCCAGUCCUUACAAGGAUCCUUUCUUUGUCUUUUUGUUUCAGUUUGUGAGCAGCAUCUACUGCUUGAAAGAGUAAUGAGCUGCAUAAAAGUGACAGGGAGGGCCCCUUCCCACUGCACCUACUGCACAUGUGGUAGGUGGACACCCAGACACUGCCAUAUCCUCAGGGAGGACAGUCUGCUUGCCUGGCUGUAGGGAGAAAUGCCAGAGUUCUGGAAAACACCAGUAAAACCUACUCAGCUGGAGAAGCUCAACACAGUGACUGUGAGUCAUUGCCUUAAGUCUAUCUAUCCCUUCAGUACCAGAAAAUCUCUCUUCUCUAUAGUGUGUCUAUAAGUCAGCUACAUCUGACUUACAUCUCAUCCCACAUCCUCCUGCAGUUGAGAAAUCCAACCCAGGCAAACAAACCCCACAGAAGCUGGCAGUAUGCAACAGGCAGGGACAGAGGAUUUGGAAGACAGCUUUGUCCUUGGCCAAGUUGACCACUGCCCUGUCCAGCACAAAGCAAGUGUCCACCAGCCACAAGGAUCCCAGAGUGAGCAGGCUCCAUGAGGAAAAUGGCCUCUGGAGCUCAGGAGCAGUGGAGGAAGCAGAGUGCACAAGUAUUCUGUGAGGCUGUGCAACCCUUGUGCCCUGGGAUAAUGAGCCUAGAUUGCUGGAGGUCUGAUUUGUGCAGCACCAUGGACUCGUCAGAAGAGACUGGAGGCUCCUCUGCAGAAGAAAACUACUUUGUGAACUACACCUUCACUGACCGCUCCCACUCGGGCCGCGUGGCCCAGGGUAUUAUGAAAUUAUGCUUGGAGGAUGAGCUCUUUGCUGAUGUUACAAUAUCAGUGGAAGGCAAAGAAUUCCAGCUGCACCGUUUGGUCCUCUCAGCUCAGAGCUGCUUUUUUCGUUCUAUGUUCACUUCCAACCUAAAGGAGGCCCACAACCGGGUGAUAGAGCUGCAGGAUGUUAGUGAGAGUGUCUUUCAGCUCCUUGUGGACUAUAUUUACCAUGGAACUGUAAAGCUGAGGGCAGAGGAGUUGCAGGAAACCUAUGAAGUGGCAGACAUGUACCAGCUGACUGCCCUUUUUGAAGAGUGCUCCCGUUUUCUGGCCCGUACGGUGCAGGUGAGAAACUGUCUGCAGGUCAUGUGGUUGGCAGAUCAACACAGUGACAUGGAGCUCUACACAGCUGCCAAACACUGUGCAAAGUCACAUUUGUCUCAGCUGCAGGAGACAGAGGAGUUCCUACACCUGCCUCUCCGCCUGCUGACAGACAUCCUUACAGAUGGCGUUCCAUGUUCUCAGAAUCCAACAGUUGCCAUAGAAACCUGGAUAAACUUCAACAAGGAGGAGCGAGCAGGCUUUUCGGAGACUCUGCGAUCGAGUCUGAAGGUGAUUGGAGAAAAUGUUCACAUCUACCUGAUUGGAAAGGAGUCAUCACGUACACAUUCCCUUGCUGUCUCUCUGCACUGUGCUGACGAUGACUCCAUCAGUGUGAGUGGCCAGAACAGCCUGUGUCACCAGAUCACCGCGGCCUGCAAGCAUGGCAGUGACCUGUAUGUCGUUGGUGGCUCCAUUCCACGGCGCAUGUGGAAAUGCAACAAUGCAACUAUAGACUGGGAAUGGUGUGCUCCUCUGCCCCGUGACCGGCUCCAGCACACCCUCGUCUCUGUGCCAAGCAAAGAUGCAAUAUAUUCACUGGGGGGGAAAACUCUACAGGACACUCUCUCUAAUGCUGUCAUAUAUUACAGAGUACGAGACAACGUCUGGACAGAGACCAGCCAGUUGGAAGUGGCAGUCUCUGGAGCUGCAGGGGUGAACCUUAAUGGUGUCAUUUACCUGCUGGGUGGGGAGGAAAAUGACUUAGACUUCUUCACCAAGCCCUCUCGGCUCAUUCAGUGCUAUGAUACCAACACAGAGAAAUGCCACGUGAAGCCGUACGUACUGCCUUUCGCAGGCUGCAUGCACGCUGCUGUGCACAAGGAUGUGGUGUUCAUUGUGGCCGAGGGGGAUUCACUGCUCUGCUACAAUCCCCUGUUGGAUAGCUUCACCCGGCUGUGCCUCCCAGAUGCCUGGAGCUCAGUACCAUCCCUCUGGAAAAUUGCCAGCUGCAAUGGCAGCAUCUAUGUCUUUCGCGACCGCUAUAAAAAGGGUGAUGCAAAUACUUUUAAACUUAACCCAGCCACCUCUGUUGUAACAGUCACAAGUGGCAUCAAAGUGCUGCUCACUAACCUGCAGUUUGUCCUGGCCUAAACAGGCUCAGUGAUAGUAAGACAGCAACAGUGUCUUGCUGUGCUACAUCCUCGACUCUCAGCACCAGUCCCAAUUACUACAAGCUCACAACAUCCAGUAAAGACCCCAUCCUCUGUACCUGUGCAGAGGAAGUACAGGCUUUCUGACUGUGAGCCUAUUCUUUUACAUAGCACUAUCAAAACUGUAUUGAACUGUUGUAUCUUAGAUUUCAGAUGGACUAAAUACUAUUACUUUGAUUCCUUGAUGGUAAGCUGCUUGCAUUUGAGGCCCAAACAGCAGCAAGUGGCUCUUUUAGCCUGGAACCAAUCCACCACUAAAAAAUGCUGUGGCAUAUGGAGAACAUUCUCCUUGGCCCAGACUGCUAGUUUUAACUGCCUAGGAGACUGCGUGUUGCUGCUGUGUCUGUCACAGAGUUAGACGUGCACUGUGUCCCCCAGGGAUGCCCCCAUUUAAACAUUCCUGUGUCCUAUUGCAGAAGGAGGGCCUGGCAGACAGAUUCCAGAACUGAUCCCAGGACCCUUAGGUUACAUUCAGCACUUCUCCUAGAGGAGUGGUAACCAAAUGAGUGCUUGCUUAAUGCUCUGUCAUCACCUAGCAUAAAGAGAAGAGGGAGAUAAUUUUUAGAGCAUUAGCUUCCUUUACUGUACAGGAAAUCCCCACCUGUAAUUAUAACAUAGUGUUGGUGAAAAGACAGAACUUCCUCCUACCCCUCUCUGUUGGCACUGUAACCCUUUGGGUAAGAAUCUGAAUAAAGUCUCUACUGAGACAAAGUA